AUGGCCAAGAAAAAGUCGACACCAGUUGCUUCGCCCGCUGCUGGAGCUCAAGCGGACGAGACGACGCCGCCAACCGCACAGCAGCAGCAGCAGCAGCAAAUCGGCAGUGAGCCCGCGGAAACUUCUCCGGUCGAGAGAAUACUACUACUCUUCACGCCCCCUCCCUGGGCGCGCCGGCUCAUCUUUGUCGCCCUCAUCUUUUACAUCGCCCCGUUUCUGCUCACCCAUUGGAUCGAGACGUCGGCGAAGCUCAUUAGGAUUAUACGGACAUUGACUGGUCAGAGUUGA